AUGUCUGAGGCCCGGAGGACCCGGAGGGUGCAGACCUUCGGCCGCAAGAAAACUGCUGUUGCUGUUGCCCUCUGCACUGAAGGCCAGGGCCUCAUAAGGGUCAAUGGGGCCCCCCUGCAUUUGCUGAAGCCCGAGGCCCUGCGGGUGAAGGCCUGCGAGUCCAUCCUGGUGCUGGGCAAGAACCGCUUCGAGGGCAUUGACAUUCGCGUGCGGGUUCGGGGCGGCGGUUUCGUCUCGCAAGUUUACGCCAUUCGCCAGGCCAUUGCCAAGGGGGUUGUGGCCUACCACCAGAAGUGUGAGGGUUUAGGGUUUAGGGUUUAG